AUGAACGCCCAGGUCUCGUUUCUCGACGGCACCUACACUCUGAUCCACAUUCCUCUCGAUCUGUACUCAACCUUGCUGCAGCCCAUUCUCCGCGUCCUCCUGCCACAGACCCAGACCCUUAAGGCGUCAAAAGGAGAGCCUGAACAUGAAUUAGAAGGCCUCAAUGCCGAAAGCCAGCAUGGCUUCCUCAACAUCAGCGUCACUCCCAUGGAGUGCUCCAUCGUCUGCCACAGCUCUUGGGCCAAGAAUGUCUUUGAGCCUGCCAUCAAGGACCUGCCCAAGGACCUCGCCAAGUCCGUCUCAAUAUCCAAAGACACCUACCUCGUCCUUUCCGUCAUCAGCGCAGGCAUGGACGCUGCCGGGCGCGUCAUGGAGCUGACUUCGCCUCUGGCCCUCGCCGGAAUCCCGAUUUUCUUCAUUACCACCUACUACUCCGACUUCAUCCUGGUGCCGACCAAGGACAAGAAGACUGUCAUUCAGGCCCUCCUGGCGCGCGGUUUCGAGCUGGCCGAGAACGAGUCCAACUUCGUCAGCCCUGCAGCAUCUGUUCACUCCCGCGGCGGUAGCCAGAACGGCCCUCCGCUGACCCCACCGCCCUCGACCAUCGCCGAGCUCCAGGUGCGCACCUUCGAUUUGCUCAAGAAGCGUAGCGUCGCCCCUUACGUCGAAGACGACCUGCUCCUGGUCCAGUGCUCUGGCCGAGAGACAUCGCAACUUGGAGGCGAGUUCUCGCAUACCCAGCGUCCGCCCCUGAGUAGGCAGGUGACGGGCAACGGCCAUCGCCAGACAUGGCUAGACAACAUCGACACGAAGCUGUACACCGCCAUGAUCUCGGCGCUGGCGGCGCGGCCGCGCUUCAUAUCCAUCACCCUCGCACAGGAGGAUCCGCCCUCACUGCUGCUGGACAGGUCUCUCCUCGGUCUUUUUGGUGAUUCACUCGUAGGAGACACCAAGUCGAACCUCACUCCCAUCUUCCUGGAUCUCGAGAGCCUUCCGUUGGAAGCCACCGGCAUCGUUUGCGGAGUUGCCGGUACACUUGUGCAGGACAUGCGCACCGGAGACAGCGCAGGACUGUCAUAUCUAUCUACCGCUCGAGCCGGUGCCGUCAUUCUUUCGUGUGAACAGUCGAUUCACGCUCUUGAGAUUCUUGAACCGAAACUGUUCAAGGCCUGA